CUUGUGCUGCUAGUAUAGCAUUAGCUUCUUAGCCGCCUAGCUUGUUCAUGUUAGCUAACCCUAGCUAUUUUACUGGCAAGGUGACGUGAGAAACCUCCGUUGAGUUCAGGAGUGGUCCCAGUAUCUGUAGAAAUUUAACAUGUUUGCCCAAACUUUCUGGCAUAAGACUAACACACUUCUGACAAUAGCUGGUCGAUGGUGUAUCGUAGGUUAUGGUGGCCAGGGUUAGCUUAUAAGCUAGCCAUAAACAGUCCUCAGUUGGCAAAUCCAGUCACUUUGUCAGCUACUUUUAGCCGGCUGUUAGCCUACAACAGCCACAAAGCUAAGCAUCAGCUAUGGUGGUCAUUGGUUAACGGUACAUCGAAAUGCAUGACACACUGUUAUGGCUUAAACUCUUUGGAAACAAUGGAGAAGUUAUAUUUUGGAAAUCUUUUCUAUAGCAGCUAGCAUUGGUAUAGACGCUAUAGGCUACUGUGUUUUAAAUUGAGCGCCGUGACCUCAAAGUUUAUCGUUGAGCUCAAGUCCCCAUCACAACACAGCCUCAUGUGGGAUGGAAUGCAACAUCAUUUCUAGACAUCUCAAGAGAAACCAUUCUGUUCUUGUUGUACAAAGAAAUAGAUUUGCAGUCACCACUCAGUGCAUUGAUGAACCACACAGUGCACAGACGCGACAGCUAUGGCGAACACAGAGGUCACUGUGUCCAUGGGGGACAUGGUGGUGGUAAAAACCACAGACCAGGACGAGGAGGGGGAGCCAGACAAUGGAGGCAAAACGCAGGUCAUCCUUCAGCUUCAGCCCAUCACAUCUGGAUUGGGUGAGGAUUCUGGGGAGGCGGAAACAGCUGUGGUGGCCGUGGAGGCGCAGGAGGAGGCAUUAGAUGAGGAGGGAGUGGAGUUAGGUUACCCCAUUACUUGUGGAGAGAGUCGAGCGGUGCUCCUCUUUAAGAAGUUCGUAUGUCCCGGAAUCAAUGUGAAAUGUGUGCGGUAUGAGGACCAGCUGAUAAGUCCCAAGCAGUUUGUGCACAUGUCAGGGAAAGCCACACUCAAGGACUGGAAGAGAGCCAUCAGAAUGGGCGGGGUUAUGCUCAGGAAGAUGAUGGACUCUGGCCAGCUGGACUUCUACCAGCACAGCACUCUGUGCACCAACACCUGCCGCAGCACCAAGUUCGACCUGCUCAUCAGCAACACCCGCUUCCCGCCCGACAGCGCCCUGCUGUCCACGCCCACCUCUACCACAGUUGCGUUGGGUAACGGUGAGCAGGGAGCAGGCGCGACGGAUCGAGCGGAGGAGGCGACGGCCGCCGCGUCGGUGGAGUGGACCACCAGCAGCGUGGAGACCACCGUCAAGAAGGAGGGCCAGGAGAUCUCAGAGGACACUCUGAACUUCUGGAAGGGCAUUGCGGAUGUGGGUCUGAUGGGGGAGGUGGUGACCAACAUCCGCACGGAACUGCUGGAGAUGCUGAAGGGGGUCCAGCUGCGGUCGGACCACACCAGCUUGCAGGACUCGGAGGUGGCCGUGUUGAGUAAUCUGGUCCAGGUGUUCGGACUACUCGACUCCAUCAAGAAGAUCUUGAGCGAGAAGCGUCUUCAGACUGACCCCAGCCAAGAACAGGACCUCCACACACUGACCAGUCUGGAGCAGCAGCUGGAGGAGCAGAAGAAGCAGCAGGCCCAGAGCUGGCUGGCGCUCAACAGCAUGGUGGCUCCUCCCCCACCUCCCCCGACCAAGCGGGCCCCCAAGCGGCCGCGUCUGCAGCGUCCGGCCUCCACCACCGCGCUGCUCAGCCCGUCGUCCAUCUCGCCGGCCGGCCAGCCGCUCAGCCUGCAGCCGCAGCAGUUCACCGUGCUGUCGCCCAUCACGCUGUCGUCGGUGGGCCAGCCCUUCACCGUGGCCAACCUGCCCAUGGCCACGCUGGCCCAGAGCGCCAACACCGUCACCCUGCACACGCUGCCCGGCGGCUCGCACAUCUUCACCCGCUACACGGGCGCGGGAGGAGGAGGCGUGGUCACCACCAGCGCGGCGGACGGCAAAGGGGGCGACACCAUCACCCUGCACCCGUCCUCGGGCCUCACGCUGGUGGGCACGGCCGCCGUGCAGGACCCCGGCCACCUGGGGGCGCUGAUGAGCCCCGUGGAGCUGGUGCAGCUGGCCCAGGGCGCCAUGGGGGCCGAGGGCAUGGUGGUGUCGGCGGCCGGCGGAGCCGAGGUCAUGGAGGGGGCCAUGCUGGUCCAGCAGGAUCUCAGCGGGGUCAUGGGGGUCGCGGGGAUGAGCGUGGAGGAGAGCCAGACCCACGCCACGGUCAUCGAGAUUGACCCGGCGCCCGGGGGGGUGGAGCAGCACACCGUGGGGGUGAUGGAGCUGCAGCUGGCCACCGGGGCCGCCGGCCAAGGGGUGGACGAAGACGAGGUCACCACCGUGGUGGUGCAGGGCUCCAUGGUGGCCACAGGCGGCGAGGAGGAGGAGGAGGAGGAGGCUUCAGCCAUGAUGGAGCAGGGGGAAGGGGAGGAGGUGCAGACAGGCCAGGGGGAGGCGCAGGAGCAGCAGGAGGAGGUGCAGGGAGAGGAGGUGGCGGUGGCGUCGGGAGAACUGCAGCUUGAGGCUGACGGACAGCUGGAGACGCUGCAGAUUAUGGUGGUGGAGGAUGAAACGACCACGGCCACAGUAGAGGACAAGUGAAGAGGUGUGUGUCUGUGUGUGUGUGUGUGUGUGUGUGUGUGUGUGUGUGUGAGGAGCGUUCUCUGCACUGCCAACCCAGGAAUGAGGAGAGCAGAUUGGCGUGUGUGCGUGUGUGUGUGUGUGUGUGUGCCAUACGUGAAUGUGUGUGUGUGAAACGUUUUGGAAAGCUUCAGAGCUGCCAAGGACAAGCCUUCACACUACCGCACUGGAACAUGGACCUCCGUAACUGUGGCUUCGAUGUAGUUGACAAAUUGUAAUUUAAAAAUAAAACGACUGCUCGACAGGGUCCCCCGUUUCAGUAUGAUGUAUUUUGUAAUGCUUUUUUUGUAUAAAGUUCAGUAUUUUUCGCAAAGGACUUUUUGGAGAAAUGUGAAAGGCACUUUUUUUAUUUUACAUUUUUAAUUUGGCCAAAACUCGACGACGAGCAGACCUCCGUUCAGGUCUGGUUGGACUUUGGCACCAUAUGAACUAGCUGUGGAGACUCUUUAGAGACCUUGUAGUCUGGAUGAAGUCGGAUGCUCUCUGGAUGAUAUUUUGGAUGCAGUAUCAAAGGCCCCUCAGCAUGGCUGGAGUUCUUGUCUGGGUCAGACUCUAUGUGUGUGUGUGUGUGUGUGUGUGUGUGUGUGUGUGUGUGUGUGUUUGAAGCGUCUGCCAUGCCACGGGUCAACUGGCUUCAUCUUUGUCAGUCUAGUGUCUCCAUGGAGAGGAGUCGUCCAUCUGUUAUGUAACAAGCCGUGUGAAUGUUCAACUCUGGUUUCUUCUUUUCAGUUCAUCGUUUUGUCGGACACUCUGUUUCUUCUUCUUCUCCUCCCAUACUCUUCUCAUCUCUUCUCAUCUAUUUCACACUGUGCUCUAUACACGCAUCACUCUCUCCCUCUGUUUUUCCUCUCCCUUGUUCUCUCCCUCUCUCUAUAUCCCCCUCUCUCUCUCUCCUUUGGUGUCUCUGAGGUCUUCAGAAGUGUGUGUAACGUGGCGUUGGCCUUCAGUCCAAAUGCGGGCGUUCAUGAUGAGUGUGACCUUUUUCUCUGAGCUGCACGCUCACCGUCUCAGUAGGGAGACAAAUGCUGCCUCACUCAGUCUCUCUCUCCCUCUCUUUCCCUCUUUUUCCCCUCCCUCUCUUUCAUAAUCCCCCCUUCUCUUCUUCUCUCUGUCUGUCUGACUCUUUCUCCUCUCAUACAUGUCAUCUCUGAUCCUCUGUCUCUCACCUCACUCACACACACACACCUUUUUUCUUUUUCUCUUCUAUCUCUGUCUUUGCCUCUCUGUUGACUUCUCUCAGUGCCGACAUCUCGCUUAAAGGAUUUGUCUGAAAAUUCACUCACUAAGUCACCAGGUCUAAACGUUGUUCUCCUCACUCAUCAUCCCACUUUUCUCUCUCUCUCUCUCUCUCUCUCUCUCUCUCUCUCUCUCUCUCUCUCUCUCUCUCUCUCUCCCCAACUCUCUUUUACAGAUUAACUAUGUUACAAAAAGAGAAAAGAACUGACUGACUCCAAUAGAAUGUCUGUCAAAUAGGUUACCUGGAAGUCUGUGUGUAUGUGAGUGAGCCAUUAUUGGCCUUUUGUUCUGGUGUGUGUGUGUGUUUGUGUGUGUGUGUGUUCGGCUGUGUUCGGCUGUGUUCAUGGAGGCAGGCCCUGUCAGGUGGAAUGUGUUGAUUAUUUAAAAGCCUUUAAAAGUCCUGUUAACUUGCUUUUGCCAUCCUCACAACAUAAAUGGCUACAAUGACUUGCUGUGUCGAGAAUGAAAAAGGAUUUGUUUCUUGUAGAAAGAUAACAGUUUGCAAGAAAGUAAAUAUUAUUUGAAAUAACGAUUAAAAAAUGUUGG